CAGAAAGAAAAUUACGGAGAUCAGGAGCAAGGGAGCAGCAAAGAAUCCAAAACCGACGGGCGGCGUAACAAAUCAAUCCAAAGUGAGAGAUCCAUCAUCUCGAAGUUUCAAUUGCAGUACUAGACAGUCAAAUCAGAACAGAAAGCUACGAUCGAUCUUUUGACGGAAACAAUGAGCGAAGCUGGUCCAAAGCUCUACACCAACAAGCCAAAGAAAGCUCAGCUGAAGCAAGUCCAGGGACAGAAGAAAGUGACAAACUUGUCUCCACCAGCAGCAACCCCUGCAGCAUCUUCAUCGACCCCGGCAUCAGCUGCUGCAGCGUCGUACAAGAUGGGCGGCGGUUCUCAGCCGCCGACGACCCCUCCUCCACCACCUCCGCCAUCCUCUCAGCCUCCAAGGGAGUCCUUUUCUAAGCGUUACAAGUUCAUGUGGCCCCUUCUUUUGGCUGUCAAUUUCUCUGUUGGAGCUUACCUGUUCAUGAGAACAAAGAAGAAAGACACAGAUGAAGUUGAAGAUACUGCAACCACCUUACCCUCAACUGUCGUGGCAGCACCUGUGGUGAUCCCUCGGGAACCCAUUCCUGAGAAUCAGCAACGUGAACUGUUCAAAUGGAUGCUGGAAGAGAAAAGGAAGAUCAAACCGAAAGAUUCGGAAGGGAAGAAGCGCCUCGAGGAAGAAAAGGCUGUUCUUAAACACUUCAUUCGAGUGAAAUCGAUCCCUAGCAUCUAGUUCACGAGGGUCCACCUCUCUUCCAGCUCAAAGAUUCUCUGUUUGUGAGUUCGUUCAUGAAUGCCGUUUUGCUUUUUGUGGAUGACUUUUUCUUAACUUGACCACUUCCUCCCAAAUGAUGGUUCCUUCUGGAUGAAACCUCUUUAAUGUGAUUAUGAUAGGAAGUGACAUUAGAGAUAGGUAUUAGGUACAUGAUUGUGAUUAUUAUAAUUAUGCUCUUUGGUUUUUUGGUUGCAAGUACAAAAGGAUUUAUGAUCAGAACAUAGAUAUGCACUGUUUCUAUGUUCUGAUAACGAUCCCACAAACUUGUUUUUGGAUUGGGGGACCUACUGCCAUCAUAUGAUUGGAACAGAACAAACAAGAAUUGAUCAACAAAAUCUGUUUAUCUUUCUCUCUA